UGCUGGUUCGGGCGAGGAGUGAAGUGCGAGGAGGUCGGGGAGUGGCGGAAGAUCUACACGAUCAUCGGGGUCUGCUACUCCUUCAGGAGACGUGAGUCCGCCGAGGUCCAUGUCGUUUUGGGGGGUUCAGGGGGGUCGGCGGGGUCCCGGCAGCGAGGGGGUCUGGGUUCUCGGGGAGAAAUGUGGGCUCGGGUUGACUUCUGUCGUCGGUCGUGCGUGACCGAUUCCGAGGUGACGACUAGCGGGCUGUUCAACAAUUUCUACCUGAAAGUGGCGGACACCGACGAGAUCCAUUUCGAUCCUGACGAAGUUGGCUGGAAGAUCCACCUGCAAGACCCCACGGACUCGGACCUCAUUGACAUCCGCACUAAUGGCUUCACCCUCUUCCCCGGCUGGAGCAAAGAUGUCCGCAUCGACCUGCGCGAUUUCAAGACGCUGGACACGAAGAAGCGGCCGUGCGACGAGAACGAAGAGUACAGUGAGUCUAAGUGCAAGGCUGAAUGCUUCGUGAGGGAGGUCUUUGAGAGGGCCAAUUGCAGCCUCCCCUACAUGACCAAGGUGAUACCAGCGCCAACCUGCGACACCAAGGAGAGCUACGCAUCCGCGACGAAGGCGGCGAACAGGCUCCUCUUCUGGGGGGAAUGGAACCCGCAAGUCUGCGUCUGCGCCAGACAAUGCGACCACAGGUACUACGUCCCCUUCGGAGAGUCCGUGCAGACCGGAGGGAACCGGUCCCGGCUCAGGAUCUAUUACGAGGACCUGACCUUCGAGGACGUGGUGGAGGAGUACUCGUACACGAUCAUCCCGCUGCUCUGCGACAUCGGAGGGACGUUGGGCCUGCUGCUGGGGGCGUCCUGGCUCACUUUCAUCGAGUUCUUCGAGAUCCUCGGCGGUUACAUGACGACAGUGCGACGAAUCCGGGUCAACUCCCCACCCACUUUCAAAUGAUUUGUUUGUUUUUUUUAGACGCAGUAGGUCACGGCUGGGUACGAAUUGUCUUUGAUCCCCUGGCACACACCGUUUCUAUUGGAUGACUUGAGAUCAUCCGUCUCUUCCGCUCGCUGAUCGAUGGUGGGUUGGAGAGAAAGCUGGGGCAGGGAUGAGAGGAAAAGCACCUCGUCCCUGCAAUUAGCAGUAUCGUGCAUUAUUCCUGAGACGAGAAUCCUCUCCUUUUAUCCCGGGUUCUUGCAUUCCCAUAUAGCCGCUAAGAGGCUUUUGAGUCCCUUUACGUAACAGUUCGUUAGUGGAUAAAAGGGUGUACACAAACCCCCUCAUAGCCUGUGAUAUUAGUAAUAACAGGGAGCCUCGAUCUAGAAUAAGAUAGCGUCACAACCUGGAGAUAUGACUCCCACUAAUAGUUUGCUCUUCCCACAUAAACUAUGCAGCAUGCGCCCGUUUAUAGAACUGAUGGCAUUAUGAGAUAAGAUAUAUGUUAAGAUUUUAUGAAAUUAGGUCCCGCUUUAACGUCGAGGACGGCACGUCUGCGGAACCGCAUUGAAACACCUCAGGCAAUUCUUUCCAACCCACCACCUUUCAACACACGAUACCGAGAGCAUACCCCGAGCGAAAACCUUCGAACGGGAGCGAACCGGGAACCGAGCGCUCCUUGGUCUGAGCUCUCGGCUGGAGGCUGGCGAUUCUGAUGCCAUUUCGACGUUCCGCGGGGCGAGGAAGCGUCAGCCGAAUUUUACAAGGGUUGCAGUUCGAAAGGCACCGAUUUUCAUUAUUAUUCUCUGCGAUACGUCUCUUCGGCUCGACGAAGAUAUUUUGAGAUGUACGUCUGCGAAUUAUUCGCAGACGUACGCCUCGAAACCUAUUCGCAAAAGCUUAACGAGCCGCGACAUCUUUCCGCACCCGAUAUGAAUUGAAUCCUUUCGUGAUACUGGCUCAUUUUCUCUGGGAAAAGUUCGAACUGUGCAGGAUUUCUCAACGGGGGUUCAACGUCAGUGCUGCUCAGUUUCGAGGGUGACGAGCCA